AUGUCACUGACCCGUCCCGAACUCAAGUUUGCUGACACCACCCACGAACGUCUGUACUUCCGGAAACUCGCCCAGCUUCCGGAAAAAGACGAUCUGGUGGUGCUCCGAAUCGUGGACCAUAAGGACUACUUUUCGUGUGUUGGAGCCGAUGCCGAAUUGGUUGCAAAUGAUAUCUACCACACGCCGCUGGUGAUCAAACACCACCAGGACACUCCCUAUGUGACUAUUCUGCCUCAAGUGUUGUUCUCGUUGUUGAAAUAUGUGUUGUUAGACAAGGGGAUGAAGGUUGAGUUCUACUCGCUGCCUAACAUCACUCAGAUCUGUGUGGGAUCUCCCGGGAACUUAGACGCAGUGCUGAGUCAAUAUGGCUUUAACUUUGAGUUUGCUGAUGGUCUGACUCCGGUGACUGGUGCCAUUAAGGUAUCUCAGGGACAAGUGGGGUUAGCGUGUUGCGACAGCACCAACCACUUGGUGUGGGUGUCUCAGUUUGAUGACAAUGAAUUGUACUCUAAUCUUGAGCUGGCACUCUUACAAAUUGGGGUCAAAGAAGUCAUUGUGCCUUAUCUGCGUAACACUAAGGUGCCUGACCAGCUCAAAUUGCUCCAAAUGUUGGCCAAGAUCGACGGUAUUCUCGUCGAUGAGCACCGUAACUUCAACGCUAACAACAUCAAUGAUGACUUGGCAAAGAUAAUUGACACCGACGACGAAAAUGUCACUCCCACCAUCUACUUGAAGUCGAGAGGUAUUGACGAAACUAAGCUCCCGUUGGCGAUGGAGUGCACUGCAGCAGUGAUUGACCACCUUCACUUGUUAGAGCUGGAAACUCCAUUUGACUUUAAUCUCUUCAACUUGGCUGAUUACAUGCGCAUGGAUCUGCUGACGAUUAAAGCGUUGAACUUGUUCCCGGCGGGGCUGGGCCAACGGCAAUCUAGUCUUAAGCCGGGUACCCAGGUGACCCUGGUGUUUGAGCUUUAUAGUCGAUACUGCAAAUCCACUGCCGGUCAGCGGCUUCUCAGUCAAUGGCUCAAACAGCCUCUUACCAAUUACGAACACAUUUCUCGUCGUCAACAAUUGGUACAAGCGAUGGUUGAUGAACUGGUAGCUCGGCUCUCGGUGCAUGAAUGGCUCCAAAAGGUUCCUGAUAUCAGACGGCUCAUGGCCAAAGUGUCACUGAAGCUGCAAGAUUACCUGAAUAAGCGGUUGGACGACAUUGUCCGUCUUUACCAAUUAGUGCAAUCUUUACCGGCUCUCACUGAAGCCUUAGAAGAUUUUGAUGAACCAUUGAUUAAGUCUGAAUUUGGCGACACGCUUAAUGAAAUCUCCACUCACUUGACUAAAUUUGCUGAGCUCGUUGAGUACACAGUUGAUUUGCUGGCGCUUAACCUGGCGCUGUUGGUCGGUGCCGAAUUCAACGUCAAGCCUGAAUUUGACGAAGGGCUUGUGGAAAUCGCCAACACUCUUGCUCGAGUCGAGCGAGACAUCCAAAGAAUCCAUGAGGAAGUGGCUGACGACUUGGGCAUGGAACUUAACAAGAAGCUCAAGUUGGAAAAGCACCAAGUUCAUGGUUGGGCUUUGAGAGUUACCCGUAAUGACUCGCUGGUGUUGCGCAACACUGGUAAAAAGUACCCUCAACUCCAAACGGUGAAGGCCGGGGUGUUUUUCACUACCCCUCGCCUUCAAGAGCUCGCCAAGGAAUACGACGACACCCACUCACAAUAUAACUCGAAGCAAGCUGAGCUCAUCCGCAAUAUUCUAGACAUUGCCGCCACGUAUCUGCCUAAGUUCACUCAGCUUUCAUUGUUGUUAGGAACAAUUGACGUGAUUGUCGCUUUCGCCAUUGCUGCUAUCACUGCCAAGAUUGAGUACGUUCGUCCUCAGUUAAUUGAGAUCGGUCAAGAAGGGCGUAGGGUGGAUUUGAAGGAUCUGCGACACCCAGUAUUGGAGGAACAGCCUGAUCUCGUCAUCGUAGCUAACGAUGUUGACAUGCAACCUCAUGGUUUCCUGAUUAUCACUGGUCCUAAUAUGGGUGGUAAGCUGACGUAUAUUCGUCAAGUGGGGGUGAUUGCAUUGAUGGCUCAAAUUGGUCUGUUUAUCCCAGCGGCAGCGGGAGCUACACUCCCAGUAUUUGACGCUAUUCUUCUGCGUAUUGGUGCUGGUGACUCUCAAUUGAAGGGGUUAUCUACAUUUAUGGUGGAGAUGUUGGAAACGUCGCUGAUCCUCGCGCUGGCGACUCUGGACUCUUUGAUCAUCAUUGACGAGCUUGGACGGGGUACGCUGACCUACGACGGUUUCGGUUUAGCUUGGGCCAUCUCUGAACACCUCAUUGCCACCACCAAAUGCUCCACUCUUUUCGCCACUCAUUUCCACGAAGUGACUGAACUCGCCGACAAAUACCCUGACCAAGUGAGCAAUCUUCACGUUGUCGCCGAGGUUGGCAGUAGCAGCGAUGACAUCACAUUGAUGUAUAAGGUUGAGCCGGGUAUCAGUGAUCAGCUGUUUGGUAUUCAUGUGGCUGAAGUGGUGAAGUUCCCCGCCAAAAUUGUCAACAUGGCCAAGCGCAAAGCUCUGGAGCUUGUUGAAGGGGGUGAGCUGGUGUGUAAGCGGUUGAAGGCCACCGAUGAGGUGAAGGAGGUGUUGCAGAAAUGGCGUACUGAAAUGGGCGGCAAAGUUACCGAUGCUGACGCUGCUGUCGCUCGCCUUCGUGAGUUGACCCGGGACAUGGUCGACGGCAAGGCGUUACAAGAACUUGUAGACACUUUAUAA